AAUAACAUUUAUUAUGGUUGAAUUGUAAUAUAUUAAGUUAUUCUAAUAUAGAGAUGCAAAAAAGUAGUUAGCAAUUAGCAAUAUAGCACUAUUGAUGAUAGAAAUAGUAUUGUUAACAGAAUAUUCAUAUAUGAAUGAACAUCCUCAUCGAAAUGAAAGUUUGGCAUAUGUGAGAUUAGCAAUUUCUGGACAGGUUUUUAUGAUGCUAGCAUUUAUGGGAUUGAUUGCAACUUACUUUUUCGUACAUAGAAUAAUGAAAAUAGGAAUAUUGUGUAGUCUAUGUUUAGGUUUUGUAUUAGUUUUUAUUGGAAUGAUUGUUGGAGUGAAAUACGUAAUUUAUAUACAUAAUGUAUAUAGUAUGAAGAUGGUUAUGAUACAAUUGCAUCUACUUGGUGGAUUGAAGUAGGUUUGAUUAUACUUGGAUUUCUUAAUUGCAUGUAGGCUUUUAGUAAUGAACCAUAAUCUAAUGAAAUGUAUUAAAGAUAAGAUUGAGU